AUGACGAUGCUACUGGACGGAGGACCGCAAUUCCCCUCGCUGGGAGUCGGGGGCUUCGGAGCCCCGCGCCACCAUGAGAUGCCCAACCGGGAGGCGGCGGGGAUGGGGCUCAGUCCUUUCGGGGACGCUUCGCAUGCCGCGGCCGCCGCCUUCAAGCUGAGCCCGGCAGCGGCACACGAUCUGUCCUCGGGCCAGAGUUCGGCGUUCACCCCGCAGGGCUCGGGCUAUGCCAACGCCCUGGGCCCCCACCACCAUCACCACCACCACCACCACCACCACGCCGGCCAGGUGCCCUCGUACGGGGGAGCCGCGGCCGCCUUCAACUCCACGCGCGACUUUCUGUUCCGCCAGCGAGGCUCGGGCCUCGGGGAGGCGAGUUCCGGGGGCGGCCAGCACGGGCUCUUCGCUGGCUCGCCGGGGAGCCUGCACGGCCCCCCGGGCAUCGCAGAGCCCCCGGGAUACUUGCUCUUCCCGGGGCUGCCAGAGCAGAGCCCGAACCACCCCUCGCCCACGGCCCACGUGGACAACAACCAGGUGCACUUGGGGCUGCGAGGGGAGCUGUUCGGCCGCCCUGACCCAUACCGCGCAGUGGGCAGUCCUCGGACCGACCCGUAUGCCGCGGGCGCCCAGUUCCACAACUACCCCCCGAUGAACGUGAACAUGGGCAUGAACGUGGCGGCGGCGGCGGCGGCGGCGCACCACGGGCCGGGCGCCUUCUUCCGCUACAUGCGCCAGCCCAUCAAGCAGGAGCUGGCGUGCAAAUGGCUCGAGGAGGCACAGUUGGGCCGGCCCAAGAAGAGCUGCGACCGGACCUUCAGCACCAUGCAUGAGCUGGUGACGCACGUCACCAUGGAGCAUGUGGGGGGGCCGGAGCAGAACAACCACAUCUGCUACUGGGAGGAGUGCCCCCGGGAGGGCAAGUCCUUCAAGGCGAAAUACAAACUAGUCAACCACAUCCGCGUGCACACUGGCGAGAAGCCCUUCCCCUGCCCCUUCCCGGGCUGCGGCAAGAUCUUCGCCCGCUCCGAGAACCUCAAGAUUCACAAAAGGACGCACACAGGUAAGUAA